CUGCUGGUCUCACUUCCUGGAGGGAAUCAGGCCAUGGCUUGGAUCCUGCUUCUACUGAUGUCAGCUGCAUGCCUGCAAGCUGGUAAUUCAGCAGGAUCCAAGAGAAAAAGUACCUUUGGGGUCAACCAACCAGUAAACCUCUCUGGUGUCCAGGGCGGCUCCAUCGAGAUCCCCUUCUCCUUCUCCUUUCCCUGGGAGAUGGCACAGGAUCCACAGAUGAGGAUUCUCUGGAAAUGGCAACACCUCCUUGGGGAAUUUAUCUAUAACUCUUCCUCUGGUUACACACAUGAGCAUUUCAAGAACCGGCUCGUCCUGACCUGGGCACAGCCUCAGACAUCCGGAGUCCUCAGAGUCCUGGACUUGAAGAAGAAGGACCAGACAAAGUACUUUUGCCAAGUUCAACUGAACACAACAGAAGGCAUGAAGAGUUUGCAGUCAAUUGUAGGGACCCAGCUGACCAUCGCUCAUGCCUUCAGCACCACCAUGCAGAGCCCUUCCAUUGUCACCUCUGCAGUCACCACAGCUGGCCUGGAGGACACAGAGGACCAGUGGCACCCUUCACUUGUGAACUUGGGAGCCAUGGUCGGAGUGGUGGUGGCCACUACAGUGCUCAUAACCCCUGUCUAUGUAUUGAUGAUCUUUCUCUGGAGGAAGAAAGGCCAGCAGACUCAAGAUGACCCCAGCCAGGGGAGAGCCUGUCAUCCCAAGGAGCAGCUGAGGGCUGUGUGGUGGUUUGAACAAGAAUGGCCCCCAUAG